UGCGGCACUUCCUGAGCCCGGAGCCCGCCAUGCGUCUUCAGAGCAGCGAGGUGACCGGCGCAAGGGACUGCUUCUGAGUGACCGUUCUCACCAUGGAGAGUUACAACAACACCACAGAAAGCCAGGACUGGAGCGGGAACGCGACGACAGUUAGCGAAGUUGCUUUGAGUUACCAAAUAAUCUGCUCGCUUUUCCUGGCCGCGUUAAUUCUGUUUGCCAUAUUGGGAAACGCGUGUGUCAUCGCUGCCAUCACCUUGGAGAGAUCGCUUCAGAAUGUGGCCAACUAUCUCAUCGGCUCCCUGGCCGUCACAGACCUCAUGGUGUCGGUUCUGGUGCUACCCAUGGCAGCCCUGUAUCAGGUUCUGAACAAAUGGACUUUGGGACAGGAGAUGUGCGAUAUAUUCAUCUCUCUAGACGUGUUGUGCUGCACCUCUUCUAUCUUGCAUCUGUGCGCAAUCGCUUUGGAUAGAUACUGGGCCAUCACUGAUCCUAUAGACUAUGUGAAUAAAAGGACCCCCAGACGAGCGGCUAUCUUGAUCAGCCUCACUUGGCUAAUAGGAUUUUCCAUUUCCAUUCCUCCCAUGCUGGGUUGGAGGAAACCAGAGGACCGGGCAGAUCCCGACGCGUGCACAAUCAGCCAAGACCACGGGUACACCAUCUACUCAACUUUUGGAGCUUUCUACAUCCCCCUCAUUCUUAUGCUGGUCCUCUACGGGCGGAUAUUUCGAGCGGCGAGGUUUCGCAUUAGGAAAACUGUGAAGAAACCCGAGAAAGGCAAAAUCGCGGACAAAUGCCUGUCGGUGUCUCCAGCGCUGUUCCCGAGGAAGGCGAACGGCGAGGUGAGCAGAACUUGGAGGCGAAGCGUGGAGCCGCAGCCGGGCUCGUGCGUAAACGGAGCGCUGAAACACUCGGACGACGGAGAGUCGUUCGAGAUAUGUGGUUAUCAAUAUAAUCCUCAGAUGUACCAUUUAAGAAAUGAAUGA